AUGCUGAAUGCCUGCUUCGAGUCGAUCGAACACUGGGUUCGACAUUCACUGGGCCACGCCGGGGAUCAUGUCGGGCUGAAGAUCAUGGACGUACUGUUCAAGGAGUUUUCUGGCUUGGGCUUCAUCGGCAUGUUCCUUUUUCUCAUGACGCAAAGUCACGUCACUGAAGAUAUUUUGGGCAAGAAAGUCUUUGGCGACAGUCUGAACGAAAUGGAAGCAGGCGACCCCAUUGCGGAGUCCUUCGAGACAGUACAUAUGAUGAUCUUUUUGCUUAUGGCCGUGUUACUGUUUCAGGCCAUGGCACUACUCCGUGUCACCAAGACUGUCAUUGAGACAUGGGGCCGGUAUGAGCGCGCACGAGCGUGGGGGCUGCGGCAGGACUCACUCGAGUCCUUGUUCUGCAACUUGGCACUGGUCGGGAAUCGCGUGGAGCCUCAUGAGACUGCAGCACCGCAGGACACCUUCACCUACGACGUGUCUUUCUUGCGGUGGAUGGACACGCUGCACAGCUUGGUGAUGUGGCGAGCCAUUCGACACCAGUUCAUUUUCGGCUCGGCCAGGGGCAAGAGCCGUAGCCACAUCUCCUGCCCUCGGCAGUUCAGCUUCGAGGCUUACUUGCGCGAGCGGCUGGGCCACAUCGUCGUGUGUGUGGUGGAGGUGGACAUGUGGAUCUGGCUCACAUCGCUAGUUCUCCUGACGCCAGUGCUGUAUGGCUGUAUCCAUUUGGAUCUUUUUGCCGUUGGCGAGUUCUUGUGCAUGUCAGCCUACUUCCUCCUGAUGGCAGGUGUUGUUGUGGGCUAUCUCCUCGAGCAUGACACGCUCAGCUUGACACCCACCUUGCCGGAGGAUGCACGAAAGAUUCUGAUUCUGUUCUCCGGGACGAGCACCAACAUGCUCAUGAAGCAGUAUGACGUCUCCUCGACCGUCAAUGCUGAGCUGAAGUUCGGUGCUCCUGGACUUUGCAAUGUGGAAAUGGAGAAGGUGGAGCUGGGGCCGAGUCCAGCUGCCAACUUCCAGCGCGCGAGCUUGUCGACCGAAUGGUACGCAUUCAUCUUUGAGCUCCUGGCUUUCUGGCAAGCGAUUCAGGUGACCUGCUUGGUCCUCUUCUACUUGAGCGUUCCCUUCACGGAUCCCAAGGAGAUUGUCCUUUACGCAAUGGCGUGGGCAGAGUGGCCGCUGAUGCUCUUUGGGGUCAUGCCUGUCCUGCUGGAGAGGCUUACGAUCCGGAGCUCCAUUGGAGAUGAAACGGACAAUGCCAUUGUGCGACAGGUGUCCUUGGAGACGAAAUCUGGGCUUCUUCGCUUUCACAUCCGGCUCGCGCAGCUGAUGGGAUACGAGAAGCGAGUGAAAAGGCUCCAGUUCACACAGCAGAACAACGUGUCUGCUUCAACCAUGAAAAGGGCCCAUGCCAUCAUUCGCGCCAAAAGGAUGGUCCGAAAGGAUACCCUUUCGCUGGACGCAGAGGAGCCUGCGAUGACCAAGCAGAGCUCUCUGGUUGCCAAACCCAAAACGAAGAAGUUCCAGUCAGUGGUUCGGAAGGUGCAGCUGUUCAAUCGCAUGACGCACGAAGCCUUGUGGUCCAAAAAGUGGAUACGCGAGACCUGGCAGCGAGGGCUGCGUCUAUUCAGGGCCUUGCCCUACAGCGAGCAGCACGAAAUCGAGCAGAUCUUCGGUAGUCUGGACAUCAACAACAAUGAAGAGAUCAUGCUGGGAGACCUUGCAGCACACUGGAAGGCCAUGGGCUUCCCCAAUUCCGAGGAUGCAGCCCAAGCACUGCUCGAUAGUAUUGACCACGAUGGCAGCAAGCAGCUAACUUGGAGCAAGUUCCAGGCUGUUGCAGCCCUGGCAAUCGCACCUGGAGAUGGGACGGACAGCGAAAGCUGGCAAGACGACUACAUGAUGCUCUUCAACAUUAUCGACCAGAAACGCACCGGACGCCUUACUGUUUUUGAUAUAACGACAUGGCUGGAGGACAUGAGGAGCGGAAUGAGUGAGAUGGACGUCGCCAGCUUGCUCUAUCAGCACUUCGGGCAGGCGAAGCCUUACGUGGACCAGCGCGAAUUCUUGGACUGGAUUGCAAGCAUCGGCCUGCCCCACCACAUGAAAUCGCACUCGCACUCGACCUCCCAGCACUGA